AUGGAUGUCAUCGAAAAAGAUGAGCGCAAAUUCAAGGCCUACAAGCGGCGAUGGAUUUAUCUGAUCGUUGUCAUGAUGAUCAAUUUCUCGAAUGCGAAUACGUGGAUCAGCUUCUCUCCGGUGACUUUCGAGACGAAGAAAUUCUAUGAUUACGCGAAUGCUCCCCUCUUUUUCAACACGGUUUUUAUGGUGUUGUCGAUUCCGGUGGGCUUCCUCGCGUGCUGGUGGACCGAUCGUUUCGGGAUUCGCUCUUCGUGCUGGUUGGGUGCGGCGACGAAUCUUGCUGGGAACAUCGUCCGAAUUCUCGGCUCAAUGGAGAGUGUCGACAAGAAAUGGCGUUUCCCAAUCACAUUCGCCGGCCAAUGCGUCGCCGCCUUUGCGCAACCGUUUGUCAUGUUUUUACCCACGAAGUUGUCCGCUUUUUGGUUCCCGGAUGAUCAGCGAAACAUCGCAAAUACCCUAGCGAGUAUGGCGAAUCCGCUAGGAAUUGCAGCCAUGUACAUGGCCGCCUCGCUUUUUGUCAACGAGCAUCACCCGACGAGAUUCCUUUUCAUGAACUCGGUUGUUGGCGGAGUGGCUGUGGUGGCGGGCGUGAUGUCAUUAGCCGUGACGAGGAACGAGCCGCCGACGCCGGUUUCCGCCUCGAAAAACGACGUUCUACCUCCGCCACCAUUUUUGGAGGGAGUCAAGCGUUGUCUCACCUCGAAACGUUUCAUUAUUCUCGCAUGCAGUCUCGGCGGUGGAGUCGGUCUCUUCAACGCUUUGUACAACAAUUUACAGCCAGCUCUAUGCCUCAAGGGCUACUCAGAGACAUUCUCCGGUGGAAUGGGCUCAUUGUUGAUCGUCUCGGGGCUGGUGGGCGCGGCGAUUAGUGGCAUUAUCGUUGACAAGACGGGAAUGUUCGAACAAGUGAUGAAGAUCUCUUUUGCUUUGGCCGGAAUCGCUGGCAGCAGUCUAUCGAUCUCGAUCAAUUAUGAGAAUAAACCCUGGUGGGUUGUUGCGUCAAUCUGUGCUUUUGGAUGUUUCGGCUUUGCGAUUUAUCCGAUUGGGCUGGAGUUGGGCGUCGAGUGCACGUAUCCCGUGGCCGAAGCCACGUCCACAGGGCUCAUCAUCAUGAUUGGGCAAGUCCUCGGCGUGAUCUUCGUGGUGACGACGAAUUUGGUCAAUGGGACGCCGAGUCCCAGGGAGUUGGCCAUCCAGACUUGUGUCACCCACAACGAGGACAUGAACACGGUGUUAACGUGGAAAUGGCCAUUCGUGAUGUGGAAUUGUUUCGUUUGUGCCGGCAUCACGAUAUUCUUGGCGAUUUUCUGGCCGAGAUAUAAACGACGGGCAUACGAGGCCGCCAGGAAAUUGGCCGUCAAAGAAAAGGAUAUGCAAAUCGAGAUAAAUAACGGAUUUGAGGCCGAGUUUCAAAAUGUCAAGCUC